AUGGACUCUCCACAUCACCACGCAGUUGCAGCAAUUGACCAGAAUAUUUCUUCAACUUCUUCGCCAUUCCCAAGUAUCCCUCUGACUCGUUUGUCGACCUCAAAACGCCCUGCCGAGCACUCCAGCGACGACAGCGACGCUCCUGAUGCAGCAGCCGCUUUUUCUAGAACUCGAACCCCUGAUCGCAGAAUGUCGGAGUCUUCAGGGCACAGGAGGAGGAGAAGUAGUCUUAUGAACAACAUAGAGAGUAGUUCAAGGGGGAAGCCACGACGAGCUUCUGCAUCACCGACCAAGAAAGAUCCGAUUGCAGAGGAGCCGAAAGUGACCGAUGGCUUACUGGAUGAGGACAACAAGAGCACGAGUGAGGAUCUGGAGAUGGACAACUUUACAGACGACGGGCUACAAGACGACGAGGAGACUGGGUUGACUGGGGGUAGUAGAGGCAGACGGAAAGAGAAGAAACGGAGGAAUACCUUGCUCGACCAUCGAAUAGCCGGCGACUCCACGAUAACGGACGAAGAGAAGAAGCAGGCUGAUCAGGAUGUGUUCAGGGCGGGUAUUGUCAACGCGAUACUCAUUGCCUUGUGGUACAUAUUUUCGUUAUCGAUCUCAAUUUACAAUAAAUGGAUGUUCUCAGAGGACCGUCUUAAUUUCCACUUCCCACUAUUUACAACAUGUAUGCACAUGCUUGUUCAAUUCUCCCUAUCCUCGCUCGUCCUAUAUUUCCUUCCUCAAUUCCGGCCUCGAUACGAUUCUCUUUCGAACCCACACGAUACACGAGCGGAGGACUCAGAUUUGGCGCAGCAUGAGGUAGACUCCAAGAAGCCUCUUAUGACACGGAUGUUCUAUUUCACACGCAUCGGACCUUGCGGAAUGGCGACAGGACUUGAUAUUGGAUUGGGCAAUACCAGUCUGAGAUAUAUCAGUCUUACAUUUUAUACAAUGUGCAAGUCGUCUUCAUUAGCUUUUGUGCUCUUAUUCGCCUUUCUCUUCCGACUAGAAAGCCCAUCAUGGCGUCUCGUAGGAAUCAUUGCGACAAUGACUGGUGGAGUAGUAAUGAUGGUAGCUGGAGAAGUUGAUUUCUCGGCACUCGGAUUCAUUCUCGUCAUCUCUGCAGCAUUUUUCUCCGGUUUCCGUUGGGGUCUUACGCAGAUUCUCCUUUUACGAAACCCCGCGACAUCGAAUCCUUUCUCGUCAAUCUUUUUCCUCGCACCAGUGAUGUUUAUUUCACUUUUCUUAUUAGCCAUACCCGUGGAAGGAUUUCCAGCGCUGUACGAAGGUUUCCAAAUCCUUGUCGAAGCGAAAGGAAAGGUCUUAGGUCCUCUGCUUCUCCUCUUCCCUGGAGUAAUCGCAUUUUGCAUGACCGCUUCCGAGUUUGCACUUUUGCAACGAACUUCAGUCGUCACGCUUUCGAUCGCUGGAAUCUUCAAAGAAGUCGUCACUAUAUCUGCAGCAGGUAUUGUCUUCGGUGACACCUUGACGCCAAUCAACAUUUCCGGCCUCUUCGUUACAAUUGGCGCUAUCGCUGCAUACAACUACAUCAAGAUCACCAAGAUGAGAGAAGACGCCCGCUUAGAAGCACACAAAAAACACAUUGCAGAACACGGAGGAGGCGGAAGUGGCAGCGAAGCAGACGGUGAAAGCGAAUCCGAUGAAGAGGAAUGGAAUACAAUGGAAGGCACAAUGGUUACUUCAGAUGGCGAUAUAAUUCGCAUCCCAGGCACGCCUUCAAAACCUGUUCAUCCUGGGGAAAGCUCGGCAUCGAAUCAAUUACGGGGGUCUACGGACAGAACGAGAGCGGAGAUGGCGGCUUUGGCUGCCAGCCGUGUAUGCAAUCCCAACGUUAUGUUAGGUCGGAAAAAAGAAGAAUGCAAGUGCGGUCGACUUUGA